GCCAGUUUGAACCUCCACUACCUCAACCAGAUUCUGAAUGUCAAAAAGCAGAGUGUCUAUUUGAUGCCUUUGAGGAACUCAGGAACUUCCGGCAACCUGGGCUCUCUAGACGAAACCGCCUAUGAAAGACUAGCAGAGGAAACACUGGACGCCUUGCCAGAGUUUUUUGAAGACCUUGCAGACAAGCCCUGUACACUGAAGGACUAUGACGUCUCCUUUGGGAAUGGUGUCCUAACAGUUAAACUGGGUGGAGAUCUAGGAACCUAUGUAAUCAACAAGCAGACCCCAAACAAGCAAAUCUGGUUAUCAUCUCCCUCCAGUGGACCCAAGCGCUACGACUGGACUGGGAAAAGCUGGGUGUACUCCCACGAUGGUGUGUCCCUCCACGAGCUGCUGGCCACAGAGCUGACUAAAGCCUUAAAAACUGAACUGGACUUGUCUUCCGUGGUCUAUUCUGGAAAAGGCACUUGAAUGGCUGCCCUCUCAUAAAGACCUUAACAGCUGUCAGGCCAAGACCCCAGCUUCCUUUUGCAACUGAGUGCAGGUUGUCUUUUUGUUUUGUUUUGUUUUCCAUUCCUACUUUUGAAGACAACUCUGAAAAGAAAUGUCACCU